CUUUUGAUAAAGAUAUUAAAAUUUCUGUAGAUCCUUUUUUAUCAACAAAUGAAAAGUAAAAAUCUUCUCCUAUGUUAACAUAAUAACGUGUUCUAACCAACAAUGUCCACAACCAAAAACAUGGAGUGUACUGAUUUUUUGGAAUUCCAGGAUUCACUGAAGAAAAUGCGGCAAAUGGACGACAAAAUAAUAUACCUUUUAAAUACAUUUUUACCAACGGAUUCAUUCAGAGGACAAGUGGAUCCAACAAAUCAGUGCAAAGAUUUAUUUCAACAAAUACAAACGGGUCAUUUGCAACGUGAAAUAGCGAUAAAAAAGUAUCUAGACACAUCACGAGAGAAUGUGAAAAAUUUAAUAUUACAAAAAGUUGAUGGCAAAGAUAAUAUAGCGUUAUUAAAAAACAUUUCCAAAGAACAGAAAACAUUACAUUUAUUACAAUCAGAAUUAAGUGUUGAGGAAAUAGUUAAAAAUCAUACAAUUUCUGCAUAUAAUGAAAAGUGUCGUAGUUAUUAUAAACCUAAUUUACAAUUAUGAGACAAACUUAAUGAAAUUCUUAAUAAUAUUAAGAAUGAAUCAAAUGAAUCAAAUGAAUAUUGUUUUAGAAUUUAUUACACUCGUACUAACUAAUAAUGACGAACAAUUAUUGACCUUUUUACAAUUUACAGUUCAUGUAUAAUUGUAUGUUUUCCAUGUUUUAUUAAAAUUAUUUGUUAUUUAGAAAAUUAUAUACUUUAUUUGAUAA